AUGUUGUGUACGAAAACAAACCCUUCCUCGAGGCCAGCCCCACUCCUUGGCUGUCGAUGUCGCUCCCGGCCGGCAGGAAGGACACACGACAAAGUCUGGCAGUGGACAACCUUUUCUUUUAUUUUCUCUCCGUACAGCCUGCCCUGGGAUCGCUCCCAGCCGAAGCCUCCUCUGGUCCGCUCCCCGCGGCUCCUUCCGUGCUUCGCUCCGAAGCCUCUACCGGUCCGCUCUCCGCGGCUCCUUCCGUGCUUCGCUCCGAAGCCUCUACCGGUCCGCUCUCCGCGGCUCCUUCCGGGCUUCUACUUCCCCCCAGGGGUGGCACCAGUAUAUAUACGGAUACAGUGUCCAAUCAUAUUAAACCUGCCCUGGGAUCGCUCCCAGCCGAAGCCUCCUCUGGUCCGCUCCCCGCGGCUCCUUCCGUGCUUUGCUCCGAAGCCUCUACCGGUCCGCUCUCCGCGGCUCCUUCCGGGCUUCUACUUCCCCCCAGGGGUGGCACCAGUAUAUAUACGGAUACAGUGUCCAAUCAUAUUAAAGCCGCAUGAUCGCUAUAUGCGGCGGCUCGGCAAUGUGGUGGCUCCCAACACUUGGCCUCUAGUUCCUCUGCAGAUCCCACUGAAGCCCAGCGUCCUUGGGGAGAAGAGAGAGAUAGGGUGGGAACUCGGAACUGGUCAGAGGUCAGCAAAGGGGCCGGCAGCACCAGCUGAUGCCCGGACCCCACUCGCCUUCCUCCCCCCAAAGGCAUUUUCCACCAGGGAUCUUGCCCCUAAAGAAGUGGAACCAAUUUUCUGAGGGGAAUGCUGACUUCCUGUGUGCGUGCCAACAUCCAGCAUAAAAUGAAUGUUCCUGAUUCUAGGAUUUAAAGUAACUAACAGCUGGCCAUCAGCCAUUCUCUAGGCAAACUGAAACUUUCCAUUUUAUGAUCCAAAAAGUUUCUAGGCAAAAUUUCUACACAAAGAAAAACCUAGAGGCUAAGCGGUAAAAUUAUAUACCAGGAGAGAAAGUCUCAGCUACACAGUUGUUGUUUUUGUACUGAAGAUGAGACACGGCGAUAGGCAAUGAGUUACAGUCUACAUCACCGCUUUCUUUUCAUAUUCUCAGGGUCUUGCUAAGGCACUAAAUUGCCCAGGCUGGCUUGAAUUUGAGAUCCUCCUGCCUCAGACUCCCAGAGCGCUGCAUUGCAGGUGUGUGCUACCAUUCCUGGAUUCAUAGAAGGUUUUUAAAAUCUAAAAAUAUAGGGAAAAAUGCUUCCUUCAGUAGCUCAGUUGGUAAAGCAGAAGUCUAAAAAAUACAGAGCAAAAAUAUGAGAGCAUAGAAAUCAAAAGGAAAAGAUAACAAACACAGAAGCCCAGUCUAAACGGACCCUCUGUGGUAGUUAUUAGGAAUCCCAGAAAAUGAAAAAAUAAAAAUAAAAUAGGAAGAAGAAAAUUAUCUUAGGGAAAAAUGAGAUGAUUUCCAGAGCUGAAAGACAUGUCUUCAUUCUCAGUUUAGUUUGUGCUCAAGAUAAUGAAUGCAAAAUCACCCAUACCUAGAAAUUUCAGAAUAUCAAGAGUGAGAUCUAUAGUUUUAUUUUAUUUUGGUACUGGGGAUCAAAGUCACAACCUCGUGCUUGCCAGGCAGGUGCUUGUGCUGCUGAGCUAUAUCCCCAGCUCCUAUAAAGUUUUUAAAGAAAAAAAAUCCAGCCAGGCGUGGUGGUACACACCUGUAAUCCCAGCACUCAGGAAGUUGAGGCGGAAGGAUCACCAUGAGUUCAAGGCCAGCUUGGGAUACACAAGCAAGUUCUAGGCCAGCCUAAACUUCAUAGUGAGACCCUGUCUCAAAAAAAAAAAAUCAUGCAAAGAAUCAAGAUGACUGGACUUUUCAUCCUAGCACUGGAUUCCAGAAGACUGGUGAUGCCUAUGUGGUUUUGAAGAGAAAUAAUUUCUGCCUAGAAUUCUGUAUUCAGCAAACUAUUCUUCAGCAGACCAAUAUAAUAAAGACAGAGGCCAUCCUGAUGUGCAAAGUUGACCUUCACAUUGUGGACCCUUUCUUUAAAAAAUAGAGGAUGUAUUUCAGAAAAUGGAGUAAAUCAGGAAGAUAAAGUAAUAUUUAAGGGACAGGGAUUUAUCUUUUGGUGCAGAGGACGAGGCCUGGGGCUUGUGCGUGCUAAUCAAGCACUCACUACUGAGCUCCACUCCCAGCCCAAGAAACUGUGGAUUCUAAAUCCGAAGAUCGUGAACAGAGGUGCUAGGCUGGCAUGGAGUGCCACGGAGUGAGUCUACGGAGAAGGAGGAAAAGGGGGCUCAAAUUGAAUAAAUGGCACAGAUGAUAAUUUUAUUCAUUUAUUUAGGACAAGGUCUUGCUUAUGCAGUUCAGGCUGGCCUUGAACUCACGGUGUAGCCCGGGCUGACCUAGACUUGUGGCAAUUCUCCUGCCUCAGCCUCCUGAGUGCUGGGGACUACAGGCCUGAACUACCACACCCAGCUAUGAAUGGUAUUUUGAAAAAAUUAUAGAUAAGGUAUCUUGGUCUGCUUUCCUUUGCUGAUGAUGCCUUACCACACACUGAGUACUUUAAAAGGAAAGGGCUUUAUGUCAUGCUUCUGGGCUAAGGUCAAAGGGCCACGUGCAGUGGUGGCCUUCCUGCUAACAGGGUACCCGUGUCACAGGAUGUCACGUGAGAGCCGAGCGUACAUGAGUGAUUGGACCAAAUGGGCUUUUAUAGCACAGCCACUGAAGAUAACCUAUUUUUUUUUCAAGAUAACCUAUUAAUCACAUCGAUGGAUUAAUUCACUCAGGAGGACAGAGUCCUGAUGGUCUGUUAAAGUUUCUACCCAGGGCCACCUCUUAAUAUCUCGUAAUAAAGAUUAAAUUUCAA